AUGAGACAAAAACGUGCCAAGGCCUACAAGAAACAAAUGAACUUAUAUGUUCAUACUUUCAAAUUCAGAGAGCCAUUUCAGACCAUCGUGGACGAUGAAAUUGUACUUUUGUGCCAUAAGGGCCAGUUCGAUAUCGUGAAAGGCCUCAACAGAACCAUCCAGGCUGAAUGUAAGCCGAUGAUCACACAAUGUUGUAUGCAAGCUUUGUAUCUUACGGAAAAUCAGGAAGCAAUUGACUUGGCCAAGUCGUUUGAGAGAAGACGUUGUAACCACAAUAUCAAGGAGCCCAAAACCCCAGUAGAGUGUGUCCAGUCGAUUGUCGAUGUUGACGGCGAAAACAAACAUAGAUAUAUUGUUGCUAGUCAAAGCACAAAGUUGCGCCGGAAGCUUCGAGCAGUUCCAGGUGUACCUUUGGUAUUCAUGAACAGAUCAGUCAUGGUUAUGGAGCCAGCUUCUGACGCUUCGAAGAGAGCAGCAGCAUUGAAAGAGAAUGCCAAGCUCCAAGCUGGUUUGAACGACAAGAAGGUUGGGUAUUUGGAGAAGCAAGAAGAGCCAAAGGCGGACCAGCCAAUGCCAAAGAAGAGAAAGGGCCCUAGCGAGCCUAAUCCAUUGAGUAUCAAGAAGAAGAAGAAGGAGGAUAAACCUGCGGCUAAGGUUGAAGAGUCUGGAAAGAAAAAGAGAGUCAGACAUCACAAGGGUCGCUCUCAAAACCAAGAUGGAACCGACGAGCAAGGAAACUCCGAGGAAAGAUCUGAAGAAAGGUCUGAAGAAAAUGGCAAGGCCCAGACUCACGAUGAUGAAUCUGCUGUUGGUGCAUCUUUCACAAAGGACAAGUCAGAGAGUUCCAAGGACGCUUCUCAAUCGGAUGAGGAGUAA